AUGCAAAAUAAAAUAUCGGGAGCAUCCUGUAGGAGGGUUGAUGUUGGCCCGUGCCUGAUGUUCGCACCCCGCGUCACACACCAGUCCUGCCACGACCGCGCCGGCGAGCGGACCGCUUACCCCGUGACGUUCCAUAAACAAAAAUUCAAAUUUGGAACAGCCGAAGGUUUUUAUCUAAACAUCCGACGUGCUGGGGUGAUCGCCUGA